GACGAAUCUGUCAAAAUAAUGUCAUGUGUAGACUAUAAUAAUUAUAUUAAAACUACGUAAAAUUUGGUAAUAAUUUAUGUUCUAAUAUUUAGUUUAAAUAUAAAGAAAUCAUCAAGGAUUCCAUAAUCAUGAAUAUCAUUAUAAAGCAGUUACAAGGAGGGGAAUGUAAUUUACAGGUGAAGCCGACAACAAAAAUAUUAGACAUUAAACAUCAUAUUGCCAUGAAGCUAAAAAUACCUAUAGCGGAACAGAAACUCCUUCUUUUAGGUCGAACUCUUGCAGAUGAUCAAAUCAUUGAAUCAUAUCCAUCGAUCAAAAACGGCACGAAAUUAAACCUAAUUGUAAAGAAAACUCAAGGACUUCUAGAAGUAUCCACAAAAUAUUUUAAAAAACAUGGCAUGACAGAGACAGAAGCUAGAAAUGCGGCAAAUCGUUUGUUAAAAGUUGUUGAGGAAAAAUUCAACAAAUUAUCUUGGGAUGAUAUUGAGAGGUUAUGUUUUGAUUGUAUGUUAGAAGAAUGUGGACACCCUCGCCCUGCCAUUGAACAGGAUCAAGAUACAGAAUGUGAGGAUGCAUUUGGAUUGUGACCAAACACUAAUCAAUUGGUGGAAUUGCUUAAUCGGCUACUAUAUAACCAAUCAAUAUAGUGAUCCAAUAACUGUACAAUAUUUUGUGUUGUUCUUAUUAUCAAUAAAAUUAUUUUUAUUAUCAAGCACAAAAUGUUUAAAUUGAUAAUGAAAUGAUUUGUGGGAUUGGAAGAUUUUAUAAUUGCAUUAUAUAUUUCAUAUAACUGUUGGAAAAUAUUUGUUUUCCAGUUGGAAUUUAAAUGGAUUAAUAAAUUGAUUCCUAGUCUUAAGCUUAUUCACUGCUUUGACACUUCUUAUAAAUUCAAAUACUUAAAUGAAAAAAACAAUCAAUAAAUAUAUAGUGCAUUUAUAAAAGUAUAGCAAAAGUUAGCAAUGUAUAUAAGAUAUUCAUUCAAUCCAAGAUAGUGUCUUAAGUAUGAUUAAAUAUUUAAGCUUAUUUUUAGGAAGUUUUGAAGCUGUGUUAAUGGAACAGUGAAAUAUUUUGUGUGUGCAACAGAAAAUAAAUAUUAAAAACUAUUUUAUUGUAUUUGUAUAUUUGGGUUAUUAAAAAAAUGCCAAUUUGAAUCUUUUUGUAUGAAUUGUUAUCAAAUUUAACCAUAGAUUAUUAAUUAUGCCUUAUUCUCUCAAGACCAAAACCUAAUAGAUAAUAUUCAUUAGAUGCUUAACUUAAAUUUACUAACCAUGCAUCAUAAUUGUUACUGAUAAUUUAAUUAAAAAAUAUGGCUAAAGAUUUUUCUUUUUUUUU